AUGAGUGUUUAUAGUCAGAUUAUAACCCUUCUAAGGUCAUAUCAGGAAACUGGAUUGAUUGUUCGAAUUAAAGGGGGAAGCAGUUGGGUUAUCGGGAAAAUCUUGGAAAAGUUCACGAAUUGCUACUAUAAUGAGUAUGGUUGCAAGUUUUUGGUAUUUAAUCAUCGAUUCGGUGUUGAAUUCUAUGUGAAAGGUUUUGAUAAGUUUGGUAUUCAGUGGCAAAGGUCUUACGCAAUAAGGGAUUUGGAAAAAGGUAAAAAUGCUGUGAGAUCUCUUAGUAAUAGGAAUACUCCUGAUUAUGAUAUUUUUCAAUGUAUAAUGAAUGAUGAUGUGCUUGAAUUAGGAGGUGGAAAAAUCAUGAUGUGUGUCCGAGAGUUUCACGCACUAAACAAUGAUGAAGUUGUUGUUUUUGGAUGCAAGUAUAUCAGACGUAACAAUCAACCCCAUCCAAUCACUUUUGUAGGUGUUAAUCGAAUUGAUGGUCAGGUUUAUGGCUUCUCAACGGAUGAAGUGUUGACUGUGGAUGAAUAUGGAGUUCACUCUAUGCUUCCAAUAACUACAGAUUUGAUAUGUAUGCAAACCGGGUACACUAUCAAACUUCUAAAUCCGACAUCUGGUCAGAUAAUACAUUUCCCACCUCCUCAUUUUCCAUUGUUGCCAUCGAAUUUAUCAUCUUUUGAAGUAGCAUUUGGUUUAUAUAGAAAAUCAAAUGAAGACGUUUUAAUGUGUUUACAACCAUGGAGAAAUCAAAUGAUUGGUAAAAUAUUUUCAUGGUUUGUUGAUCAAGGGUUGACACAUUCUGCUAUAAACUGGAGUUAUAUGAUUGAAAAUUGUCCAACAAUUGUUGACAAAGGUUUGGUAUUUGAACAACAUGUUGUUUGGAGAAUCAGAAGGUUUUGUAAGUUGUCAUAUAUACAUGAUCUUCCUUCCGAUUUGCUUGUGGCGUACGAUCUUUCGAGGAAAACCCACUCAAUCAUACGACAUCCUUUUAAAGCAGAUUGGCUUCGGUGUCCUAAUAGCUCGAACCAACAUAUUGAGUUGUUGGAUUUAAGGGGGAAGAUUUGUGUGUAA